AGAGAGAGUUACAUACAAUAAGCAAAAGCAGCACUGCAGUAGCCUCCCACCCCUAGAGAGACAGUUAUGGAGAAUUCUCCCCAAGAUCAUCAUUCACUCCCUCCCCCUCCCGGCGUUGUUCAUAAUUAUUCUCUCAAUCUUCCUUAUCAACCUGCUCAGGAUGCUCUUUUGCGGGAACAAGAACUUGCUACCCAAAAUAUCAUUAGGACUCAAAGAGAGAUGGCGGCAAUGGAAUCACCUUCUACUUCUACCAAGGAUUUUGAUAAUUCAGACAUAUUCUCCCAACGUCAUCACCCCAAUGCUUUGAAGGAACACCUCUUGAAUAUGGCUACUGAUCAUAGGGCUCAAAUCGCUGUUAAGCGUCCAAACCCGACAUAUCCACAACAACAAGGCAACACAGAAAUAGGUAAUGGAUAUGGUGUACCUGGUGGAGGUGCCUAUAACGACGUUCCCAAGCUUAACGCGGAUGAUGCUGGUAACAAUGCAUCUGGUCAGCCUGAAUCUAAACUUGAUGGAUGUUCAGAGCAGAAACCUGCAUCUAAAGAACUGCCAGAGUACCUCAAGCAGAAGUUAAAAGCUCGGGGUAUUCUUAAAGAUGAUAGACAUUCCGAAGAUCCUAAAGCUACUUCAGCUGAAUUUAUGGGAAAUGAAAAGCUGCCUCCAGGAUGGGUGAAAGCAAAAGAUCCGGGAAGUGGUGCAUUUUAUUAUUAUAAUGAAAGUACCGGGAGGAGUCAAUGGGAAAAACCCGGCGAAGCAUCCUUAACCCAGCAAUCAACAACGGUUUUGUGUCUUCCAGAUAGUUGGGUGGAGGCAUUAGAUGAAACAACAGGUCAUAAAUAUUACUACAAUACAAAAACUAAGGUAUCACAAUGGAAGCAUCCUAAUUCUACUCAGAAAGUUGUGUCGGAUCAGUUGGUCUCAUCAGUUGGUCAUGUGGAUGACCAAUCAUCUAAUUUACCAAGGUGCAUGGGCUGUGGUGGUUGGGGUGUUGGCCUUGUGCAAGCAUGGAGUUACUGCAGUCACUGCACAAGAGUUCUCAAUCUUCCACAAUGUCAGUAUUUGUCCUCGAAUUUGAUUAAUCAGCAAAGCAGUGCUCCACAUCCCAGGGAAAAUUCUGAUAAAAUGGCUAGCAAACAGAGGGCUAGCUGGAAACCUCCAAUUGAUAAGGGAAAUAAAAAAAUGGGCAAGAAGCGCGCUCAUGAAGAGGAUGAUGAGUUGGAUCCUAUGGACCCCAGCUCCUAUUCAGAUGCUCCUCGUGGUGGCUGGGUGGUGGGUCUGAAAAGCGUGCAGCCACGGGCAGCUGACACAACAGCAACCGGUCCUCUGUUUCAACAACGACCAUAUCCAUCACCUGGAGCCGUUUUACGAAAGAACGCUGAAGUUGCCUCUCAGAAAAAGAAACCAAAUUCAAAUUUUACUCCCAUAUCCAAGAGGGGCGAUGGCAGCGAUGGGCUUGGUGAUGCAGAUUAGGACCAUCGUAUCAACACAAACAUGUUCACCUCUGUCAUGCUAUUUUUGCUAAGUUGAGGAAAUGUAUCUAGUACAUUUUACUCUAAUAUCUGUACGUUAGCUUAGGAUGCAUUUUGUUGGCGUAACCAGAUUUGCUGUUGUGCAUUAAGAUAAGCGACUGUACAGAAGUUAUCUUUAUACCAGAUAACUGGUUUUGAUAAUCUUGAAGCAUUCUGACAAGUGAUGGUAAAACUUGCAAUUUGCUUACUAUUCAUGUGCUGAUCCGAGACCGAUAUGAUUUUUCAUGAAUUGAAAGUUCAAGAGGACUUGAAGAUUGGGAAAAAAAAAAAAAAAAGUAAAUUAUGCAACUUACAGAAUUUUCAA